GCUGCUUGGUGGCACAAGGGGUGGCUGAGGGGUUACAAGAGCUGGUCCAGUUUGGGGUGUGUCACGUAAGGAAAGAUGGAAGCCAUGGGAGAAAAUCCAGGAGAAGCAAGAAGAGAGAUCCAGGAAAGAGUGGUGGGAGAGCUGGAAACCCAGGGAGAGGACCUCAGUGGUUCCCUGCUGAGACAAGUUCCUGCUGACCCAGCUUUGCUGCCAGGUCCCUGCUGGAUUCUGCACGUUUCCCAGGGAUUCUCCAGUCUCCUUUGGAAAAGGCCUGCAUUUCCCUCAUGGACAGCCAGUGGCACUUUUCUUCGCAAUGCUCAAGUGAAUUUGAAAGUUGUGUCAGUCUCCCAUGAAAUCCUCCAGCACAAAGAAUACCCCGAGGUGAGGAUAACUCCAUCCUGAAGAUCUGGCCUCAGGCAAACAGUGGGAGGAGAACGUAAAGGAGGGAGACUGGAACUGAUGCUGCUCCGUGUUUUCUCUGGAGUCUUUUAAAGGCAGCUCAGGUGUCCCGGCCAUUUUACCACGCCCUCAGGAUCUAAAUCCAUAUUUAUUUUCCUCAUCCCAUCCUUUGUGCUUUGUCCCUGCCGCCCAACCCAAAUUAUUCCAUGACCUGCAGCCUCGGAAUCACAGAGCGGAGUCUCUGUCAAUACCUGGCAGCACUUUUCCCAAGCCCGCCAAGCUAAAGGAGAGGGGAAGGUCCAAAAGAGACUGAUUUUCCCUGAGUUUUCCUAGAGAGAAGGGCUCUGGGAAGGCACAGGGCUGGAGACACCGGGAACAUCCCUGCCGGUGCCACCGGACCUGGGUCCCUCCUCACAGGGAGCAGCCUCUCGCCUUAGCAACUCUUUUCAAACUCUGGCUCUGGCAUUUCUUCAGAGAAAUCCAGCACCUGGCUCAGCUCAUCCAUUAUUCCUCCCAGCUGCUCUUUGCCGCGUCAGGGCGGGCAUUGAGGAGGCGGAAUUCAUCCCGGAACGUGUCCCAUUCCUUUCUUCCCUGGCCAUUGACUCGGCCAACAUCUGCUCGCGUUAACCCUCGCUGGCCCCACAACGCCGGUGAUCCUUUAUGACUGCAGGGCACUUGGCAUUGUGUCAGCAGCAGCCGAGGUGUCCCGAGAGAAGAAAACCCUCCUUUUGCUGGGGUGGAACGGGAUUUGUGCACUGAAUUCCAUCCCGGACAGCUCAGCAAUAAGCAACAAUCACAGGAGUUCUCUGCCACAGGGGCCUCACUGGAAGCAGCGUGGAUACCUAUGGAUCCCAUAUGGCUCCUCUGGGAAACAGCUCCACGAAAAAUACUGGAAAUAGGCAGGGAGCAGAUGGGAGGGAAGGGGCACCAGUUCUAACAGCACAACCCUCGCUGCCUUCACUCGGUAACAAGUCCUGGGACGUGGGAAGGAAUAUAUUCGGAAGGACGAGAGGUGUUUUGAGAGAUGCAGCUGGGUUCUGGUCCCCUUCCCACCAGGGAGAGGAAACGAGGAUUUCACGUUUCGUUUCCAAGGCUGGAGGAGCCGGGAGGGAAGUGCCACAGGGAGGGAGACGCGACAGCGCAGACAAAAGGUGUCUCUGCUCGCAUCCCACUGCAGCCAGGUGGGAACACCUCCAGGAACUCCUCCAGCACCCCCCCCCGGGCUCGGUGAGCCCCUUGGCCGGCGGGGUGGGCUCUGCAGCCAAGCCCUGGGAGCCAGGAUGGAGCCAGGCUGUCCCCAAGGCACAGGACAGGGACACAUUCCUGCUCUCCCGGCACCGGAGAGGGGAUCCCGGCUCCCCGAAAGGCUGCGAGGACAAAAGCAAAGCGGUUUGGGCUUUUAGAGGCGAUUCCAGCCGCAGCUUUUCCAGGACUGAAGGGGUCCAAGGGAAAGAAGGGGCGGCACAAGCGGGGUCCGGGGCACACCGGGACCUCGGGCUGUCCCGAGCCUCGCAAGCAGCACUGGAGAGCAGGAUGGGGAGUUUUAAAGGUAACACGCACUCAAAUCGGGGCAGAAGAGCGGCCGCAGCCCCUCAGCCAAACCCUCACUCAGCCCAUCUUCCCCGCGAGGAUCCAUCUGUGGGAUGGCGAGGGAACGCCGAGGCAGACACCUCUCGUGUUCCCACAGCUCUUCUCCCGGGAAUCCGCAGCUCAGGGGCUUCCCCGGCCGGCGACAGCCCCGCUUUCCACAGGCUUGUCCCCUUCCCCCCUCGAUCCCCGCAGCCGCUCCCGGCGAGGAUCCGAGGAGCGGAGCCCCGGCAGCGCCUCCGGCCCCGUCCGCUGCUUUUAUCGCAUCGUGGGAUGCCCCCUAAUGCUCACACCGCAGCAUCCCGGGCUCCAGCGGCAUCUCGGCACGUCCCUGCCUCGGGAAUCUGCUCUCCAGCUCCCCUGGCACGUCCCUGCCUCUGGAAUCUGCUCUCCAGUCCCUCUGGUACAUCCCAGGUUCUGGAAUCAUCUCCAGUCCUCCUGGCACAUCCCUGGAAUCUGGUCUUCAGUUCCCCUGGCACAUCCCUGCCUCUGGAAUCUGCCCUCCAGCUCCCCUAACACAAUGCUGCCUCUGGAAUCUGCCCUCCAGCUCCCCUAACACAACGCUGCCUCUGGAAUCUGUGCUUCAGCUCCCCUGGCACAUCCCUGCCUCUGGAAUCUGCCCUCCAGCUCCCCUAACACAAUGCUGCCUCUGGAAUCUGCCCUCCAGCUCCCCUAACACAACGCUGCCUCUGGAAUCUGUGCUUCAGCUCCCCUGGCACAUCCCUGCCUCUGGAAUCUGGUCCCCAGUCCUCCUGGCACAUCCCUGGCUCUGGAAUCUGCGCUCCAGCUCCCCUGGCGCAUCCCUGCCUCAGGAAUGUGCCCUCCAGCUCCCCUGGCGCAUCCCUGCCUCGGGAAUGUGCCCUCCAGCUCCCCUGGCACAUCUCGGGCUCCAGAAUCUGCUCCCCAGUUCCCCUAGCACAUCCCUGCCCCUGGAAUCUGCCCUCCAGCUCCCCUGACACAUCCCGGGCUCCAGAAUCUGCUCUCCGGCUCUGGCACAUCCCUGGAAUCUGCUCUCUAGUCCUCCUGGCACAUCCCUGCCUCGGGAAUCUGCUCUCCAGUCCCUCUGGUACAUCCCAGGUUCUGGAAUCAUCUCCAGUCCUCCUGGCACAUCCCUGGAAUCUGCUCUCCAGCUCCCCUGGCACAUCCCAGGUUCUGGAAUCUGCUCUCCAGUACCCCUGGCACAUCUCAGGCUCUGGAAUCAUCUCCAGCUCCCCUGGCACAUCCCUGGCUCUGGAAUCAUCUCCAGCUCCCCUGGCACAUCCCUGGCUCUGGAAUCUGCUCUCCAGCUCCAGCACACCUCCCCUCCACAGGGCAAUCCCUGCUUCCAUGAUAAAACUCAAAAGGUUACAAAAGCUUUGCUGGAGCAAAUGGAAAGGUGAAUUAAACACCAAAACCCCUCAAAUUCUGGCUUGGAAGCAAAAAAAUGACACCAAAGAUUUUGGGGUAUUUUGGUGGUUAUGGGAUGUGAAUUUGCUGCUACUGCAGAUCAUUUUUAGGUGCCCAAAGGAUGUUCAGCACUUCCCACACGUGCUGAUAAUGAAACAGGAAACCGUGAGAGAGUUACAGACCCCUCACAAACAUCCCCGUGUCCCAAACUGUCCCAGAUGCUUCCCAGAUGGAUCAAAUCUGCCACAGAAAGAGGGGUUUGGAAAGGGGAGGUGGCACCUGGGACCAGGGCUCAGCGUUCCAGUGCCACCAAGGCAGGUUUAUCGGCUCAGUCCUCAUUUCUUCCGACAUCUAACUCCAAAAGGAUUCCUUUGUGAACAACGGGAUGAGGAUCCAGUCCCAUGAACUAAUGAUGGGAUGUGGAUCCAGUCCCGUUAAUUACAACGGGAUGAGGAUCCAGGCCCAUGAACUAAUGAUGGGAUGAGGAUCCAGCCCCGUUAAUUACAAUGGGAUGAGGAUCCAGGCCCAUGAACUAAUGACGGGAUGUGGAUCCAGCCCCGUUAAUUA